AUGGCUUCAAUAGUACAGCAUCUCACUCACACCUCUGCUCUUUUGACCAAGCGGGCUCCAUAUCAAACACGUAGCCUCUGCACCACUACCAUUAAGCACCUGGGCCGCUCAAGAUGUGUUGUACUAUCUUUGCUUCCUACGAGGCCAGCCCGCUCCAUCUCUUCAUCCUCUUCUCUACCCAAGAAGCAAAGGAAAUUCUCUGAGCCGACUGUCUUUACUGCCCUUGCGUCGCUAUCGGCGACAAUCCUGGUAGCUUGGCACUUCUCAUCCACUCUACACGCUGAAGCGCCAUCCGAGCACAAAGAUGACAAGGACCAGAACACUAAGGAAGAAGGACUGGUGGAUGGCGCCAAGAGGGUCUUCCGCUUAUCGGAAGUAUCCUCCCACGACAAAGACUCAGAAAGCCCGUGGGUGAUCAAAGGCACAAAAGUCUACGACAUCACAGACUGGAUCGCCGGUCACCCCGGCGGCAACGUGAUUUUGCGUGCAGCUGGCGGCAGCGUUGACCCCUAUUGGAACAUCUUCAGUAUCCAUAAGAAGCAAGAAGUCUACGACAUACUAGAGGAAUUUCUGAUUGGCCACGUGGAUCCUCAAGACUUAAUAGACGGACAAGUUCCUGUUGACGAUAUCGAGGAUCCAUUUGUCCAGGACCCACAAAGAGACCCAAGGCUGAUCGUCCAUUCCGACAAACCUAUGAAUGCCGAGUCGCCAACAACACUCCUCUCCACUUUCCUCACACCCUCCGACAUCUUCUAUGUGAGGAAUCAUCUCUGGGUUCCUCGGAUAGUAGAGAAAGAGCAUAAGCUUGUAGUCGAGCUCGACGACGGCGAAGAGAAAGAAUACACCAUGUCCGACCUCCGAAAAAACUUCAAACAGCACAAAAUCACCGCUACACUCCAAUGUUCCGGCAACCGGCGUUCCCAUAUGACCGAAGGCUCCCGGCCCACCAACGGUCUGCAAUGGGAAGCCGGCGCAAUAGGUAACGCGGAGUGGACAGGCCCACGGCUAAGGGACGUUCUGGCCGACGCCGGUUUCAACGUCGCUGAUCCUCCAGAUGAGGUGCAGCAUGCCCAAUUUGUCGGCGCAGAAACCUACGGCGCCUCGAUUCCACUAUCUAAAGCCAUCGAUCCACGUGGCGAUGUGAUAUUAGCGUGUCAAAUGAAUGGGAAGACUAUCCCCCCAGACCACGGCUUUCCGCUCAGGGUCGUUGCGCCCGGUCAUGUGGCGGCAAGGAGCGUGAAGUGGGUUACUAGGAUAAUCAUGAGUGAGGAAGAGAGCACGAGUCAGUGGCAGAGAAGGGAUUAUAAGUGUUUUGGGCCGAACGAUACCGAGAAGCCCAAUUGGGACAUGGCGCCAGCGAUACAGGAGACGCCGGUUCAGAGCGCCAUAACGUGCAUGCAUCGAGAAGAGGCAAAGGACGAGAUCAAGAAUGUUGUAAUCGAGGGGUACGCUUUCUCAGGCGGAGGGCGGAAGAUCAUCCGCGUGGACGUUAGCACGGAUGACGGCCGUACGUGGGGUCAGGCCGAGACGGACAUUGACCCUGUUAGUAACGGCAUUCACGAUUGGAGCUGGAAGCGUUGGAAGUACACGGUGCCGGAGAAGAAGAUGGUGGGCGCGACGGUGGUGGUGAAAGCGGUCGAUGAGGCGUACAACGGGCAGCCGGAGCAUCACGAGCCUACGUUUAACCUCAGGGGCAAUCUGACGGCGGCUUGGCAUCGCGUUAAGUAUGAUCCGCAGAAGAACUGA